AUGGCCCCAAUUGCAAUCGAACCUGAGGGUGACAAUCAAAUCAUCCUGGACCUUCGAAAGGUUCUUACCUCCGAACAGGAACCACUUGCUCGUCGUUUCCGCGCACUCUUUUCUCUCAAGCACCUGGCCUGCCUGCAGCCUCCCACCGAAAAUACCCUUCCUGCCAUCCAAGCUAUCGCUGCUGCCUUUACUUCAAACUCCGCUCUGCUCAAGCAUGAGCUUGCAUACUGCCUCGGUCAGACCCGGAAUCCAGACUCCGUUUCGUACCUGCAGCACGUCUUGAAGGAUGCCGAGGAAGAUGCGAUGUGCCGGCAUGAGGCUGCAGAGGCUUUAGGAGCGCUAGGCUAUGUCGAGAGUCUCGAUAUACUGAAGAAGCUGCGCGACGACCAAAACGAAUUAGAAGUCAUUCGCGAGACUUGUGACAUUGCUGUUGAUCGAAUUCUGUGGGAGAACUCCGAAGAAAGAGCCGCCGAGAAACUUAAGCCCAGGUAUUUUACUCUCACACACGAACUACGUGAUUUUUCUCGAAACAAUUCUUAUUUAUUUAUUUUUAGUGACUUCACUUCUAUUGACCCAGCUCCACCAAUGCCACUGGAGGCCAAAGAGCCCUCCAUUCCCGACUUGGAGAAGACGCUGCUUGACACCAAACUCCCUCUAUUCAAAAGAUAUCGCGCUAUGUUUGGCCUUCGAGACCUUGCAUCCCCUCCUGACCUCCCCACAGCAAACGAGUCUGUUAGAGCACUGGCUAAGGGUCUUAAGGACCCCUCUGCUCUGUUCCGUCACGAAGUUGCCUUUGUCUUUGGACAGCUCUGCCACCCCGCCUCUGUCCCUUACCUCACAGAAUGUCUCAGCGACCUGCAGGAGAUGGGUAUGGUGCGACAUGAAGCCGCCGAGGCCCUUGGCAGCCUAGGUGAUGAGGAAGGAGUCGAGGAUACCCUGAAGAAGUUCCUGAACGAUCCUGAGCAAGUGGUGCGGGACAGCGUGAUCGUGGCGCUUGAUAUGGCAGAAUUUGAGAAGAGUGGCCAGGUCGAAUACGCAUUGGUGCCAACAGCUACUGAAGCCUCUGCGUCAUCAUGA